CACUCCGCCACGCCUGUCCUCAGGACUUGGCUAUCUUGUCGUGGUUACCCGUUGAAAGGGGAAGCCAAGGGCAAGAGACGUUGUCAUGGAUGAAUUGCAACAACAAUGGGAGUACUGAAGUUUGUUCAUCACUCACAGAUGCAGCUUAAACAAACUGAAUGAUUGACCAUGGAUCAUGAAGAGGUGCUGACGGAGCUGGACCAGAUUUCUAUGCGGCUUCAGGAGGAUGGCUUGCCUCCAGCAGCUAGUGCGGAGGAGCGGCAGCGUCAUCUGUGGCAGCAGCUCCUCAGAAGUGAGGCGAAGCUUCAGUCAGCCACCCAGGAGCUGCAGACCUUACGUACCCAGCAGGCCAAUGAGAUGAAGGAGGUGGAGAGCUAUGUUGCACAUAUUCGUGGGUUGCUGGAAGAGCGUGAGUGUCUAACUGCUGACUAUGAAAGAGACAAUGAACUCCUGCGACAUGAGCUUCACCAGAUUAGACAACAACAAGAGAAUCAAAGCAAAGAGCUGGCGGAGAUGCUGGCUCAGGAAGACCUCGGGGAGAUGGGCCUGAGCAGCCCCAGUGAGCAGGUGGCUUACCUGCUGGUGGAGAGAGCCACACUGCUGGAAAGGCUGGAGGCUGCUGAGAGGAGACUGGAAAGUCAGAGCCUCACUGGCAACAUCAGGGAGGGCCACCACCAGGAGCGUAUUCACCACAUGAUGGAGGAGGAGCUAAGGCAGCGAAGGGAAGAUGCACAGAAAAGCAUAGAUAACAUGACAAAGUGUUCAUCCCAGAGUCCAUGGAAGAAGCUGUUUGGGCUGCGCAGGUCUGGUCAGAGCAAACACAAUAUUACCCCUGCUCACAGUGAGGAGAUUUCCCAGGAGCGAAAUGAGCGCCAGCGGCUGGAGCGGGACCUGGAAGAGGCGUCGAGGAGGCUGACGAUGGCUCAUCAGGAUAUCCGAAGACUCACCAAUGAGCUGGAUGUUGCCAAAAACAAUAACCUAGACUCAAGUGGAUCUGGGAUUCAGGGAAUGGUCCAAGAAGUAGAAAACCUGAGGAAGGAAGUGGACAAACUGAAACACUGUGAUAUGAUGAAGCUGCAGCAAGCCAAAGAGCAAAAUGACAGACUAGAUGCAGAGAACAGAGCUCUGAGGGAGAGAGUGCGCACUACAGAGUCUGAGAAGAAGAAUCUUCUAGAAAAGCUGGCAAUAAAUGAUUCAGACCAACGUGCUGUAGCUGAAGAGGAUCAAAAGGACAAGGGCAUUAGCAGUGAACCACAGCACAAUUUGUCUGCUUUGUCAUGUAAAGAAAAAGAUCACAUUCACAAACGGUGUCAUGAGGCGAUGGAAGACGGGCUUGUGCAGGUGAGGGAGCUGCAACGGCAACUCCAGAGGCUACGCAAGGAGCAGGAAGAGCUGGAGGAGAGGAACGAGGAGCUGGAGGCUCUGCUGGGGGAGGCCCAGAAUGCCAGCAAGGAGGAGAGUCGUCGCCAUGAGGGAGAACUUGAGGGACUUCACAGGAGGAUCAAAAGCCUGGAGGCAGAUCUUAAGAAGCAGGAUGCCCACGAAAAAAUGAUGAAGAAUGGAGAAGAGGUCAAAUCCCCUGAGUCCUACUUACAGCUGCACCUAAGGGACAGCAGCCAGGAGAGACUGGCUCUGCUAGAGGCACGACUGACUGAGGAGAAGGACUGGAGGAAACAGUUGGAGGUUGACCUUAGUGCUGCCCAGGCUGCCCUCAAAAAAGACAAAGAGGCUUUGCAGAUAGGUGAGCGAGAGCUGAAGAAGCUGAGGAUGGAGGUCAACAGCCUCCAGACAGAAUGCCAACAAGGGAAAACGCUCAUCAAGAGCCUCACCCAAGUCAAAGGGGAAAAAGCAGUUCUGGAAGAAAAGGUGGCCCAGAUGGAGCGCGCCCACGGCCGACUCCAGAGCGAGCUUGAACGAUUAAAGGACAGUAACCGGACACAGGAGGACCUGAAGGAAAACAGACUUCAGAUUGACCAGCUGCAGGAGCAGGCGGACCGGCUGACUGCUGAACUCAGCGGCCUCCAGACAGCACACAACACACUGAGGGAUGAAAUGGUUUCUGAGCGGCUGCAGACUGCUGAACUCCAGGCCAAGCUGAGCUCCGCCGUCCAGGAGAAGCUGGCAGCUGAGGGCGAAAGAGAGAGACUGCAGCUUGAGAUACAGCGCCUCAACGAGCAGCUCAAGUGGCAUCAAGAGCAGCUCUCCUCUACAAAGGAAGCACUUAGUAGCAGCCAGAAGCUUGACCCUCUCACAGGUCAUAUAGACUCUAGACUUAGUCCUGUGAAAAGGACCAAGGAUGAAAGCUUGGAACAGCUUUCAUGUCUGAAACAGGAGCUGAAUCAUCUGCAGAUCAAGCUGGAGGAGGAGCGGCAGCUGGCCUCUCAGCACCAGCUGGCCCUGCAGGCUCAGGUCAAUGAAGCCCAGGCACGCAUCAAGUCCCAGGACUCAGUGCUGAACCAGAAGGCAGAGGAGGCUAAACAGAUGAAACAGGACCUGCAGAGGGCCCAGAGCCUGUUCACCUCAGCAGAGAGAGAGCUGCGCUAUGAGAAAGAGAAGAACAUGGACCUGAAGAGACACAACACCCUGCUGGACCAGGAAAAACUCAAGCUUUGUGCAGAGCUGAAGCAGGUCCAGACCAAGCUGGUUCAGGUGGAGCAGACGGCUGACUCUCAGGUGGCUGAGAGUGAACGUCAGCAGCAGAAAAUCCGGGAACUGGAGCUGCAACUGGCACGUAACUCCACAAGUCGCAGCGCCACAACCAGUCUGCAGGAGGACCUGCAGGCUGAGAGGGCACGGCUCAUUGCUGCUGACAAGAAGGUGUUGGAGCUGCAGCAGCAGCUUAAGAAUGCCCAGCACCAGCUGCGUGUGGAGGAAGCUCGAGCCGGCGAGAGCAGCCGCCUGGAGCGGGACAGCAGGGAUCUGUCUGACACCUUGUCAGCCCUGAGAGCCCAGCAGCAGGAGGAGCACAUCACCAGGAAGCUGUUAGAGCAGCGUGAGGAGGAGCUGCAGCAGCAGGUGCGCUCCCUGAGGCUGAAGGAGGCCUCCCUGACCAGGACCAGCACAGAGCUUAGCCACCGUUCCCAGCAGCUGGAAACUCGUCUGGCCAUCCUGGAGGCUGAGCUCAGCAAGGCCAGAGAGGAGGUGAGAGACAGCCAGAAGACCAGCCACAGGCUGCAGGAGGAGCUGGCAGCCAGUCAGCAGGAGUGUGAGAGGCUGCAGGGGGAGAUGCAGCAGGUUCUCCUCCAACUUGACACACACGUCAGGAAGUACAAUGAAAAGCAGAGUCAGCACAAGGCCAAGCUGCGUCAGGCCAAGCAGGUCUUUCUAAAGGCAACGGCACAGAGGGACCACACGAUCCAGAAGCUGGAAAACGACCUGGUGCUGGCCUCCAGCCUCUCACUCAAGGAGAAGGAAAGGAUCCAUACAGUGAUGGAAGAAAAUGAGAAGCUUUUGGAGGAGAAGAGGGAACUGUUGAGGAAGAUAAGUGAGGCAGAAGAAAUGGGUAGUAAAGGCAUGAGGACCGCCUCAACUGUUCAACACAGGGUCAACGUCUUAGAAGUGGAAAACAGACAGCUACAGGAUCGGACCCUGAAGCUCUCCAAUCAAGUUAGUUCCUUAGAGCGCGCCCUAAGGAACGUCCAGUCCUUCUACAGCCUGGAGAAUGCCAAAAAAGUGCACCCCUCUGAGAGUCUCUGCGACAGCAUCCUGCAUACGUCUGCGCUGAGUUUGACGUCAGGUUCCUGUGACCCGCUCGACAUCCUGGACAAAAUCUGCCGUGUGAAGGUGGGCGAGCGUGUGGUGGUGGACGGCACCCGAGCGUCUGUCUCCACACACCAGCUAUCAGAGCAGGGUUACCUGAAUCUCACCUCCCCAUUGGUUCCUCCAGAGGCCAAAUGCACAGACGAGAGCUCUAAUAACAGUGACAAAGUAUGAGAAGUGGUACGUUCCGACGUGGUUGUGGCCUUUGUGUUUGCGACAGCAAGGGUGAGUGCUGUAAGUGAACCAAACAAUAGAGUAUUCGCCCACUCCGCUGGAGACAAAAUAAUUCUUGUCAUAAAAUACCGUAAUAAUGAAAGAGGGCUUCCACUGCAGUUCUGCUCAGGGAGAUAUCUCUUUUGUAUUGCAAAGCAGAUUCUUGUUUGGCUUGCAAGUACUGCAUUUGGAUCCAGGUUCAGAACAAGAGUUAAAAUUUGGGGUAUUGGAGUAAAAAAAAGCCUGUGUAUGUGUCAAUCAGUGAUUUCUUCUGACAUAUUUUAAAGGAAACAGGAUGCAAAAGGAGAUUGGAGUUGGAAUCUAGCGGGGACAAUCUUGCUUGUAUGCACACGUGUUUAUAUGCUGGGGGAGUUGGUCAGUUGUUUGCAUCAGCGCAUUAACAUAAAGGUACAGGAUAAGACAAGGUACUUCACACAAGUGCAGUGAAUGUCAAACUGACAUUUCAUGGGUGGAUUUGAACGAGACUGAGCACUUUAUAAUAAGUUUUACUUGUGUUUACAUUUGAGAAAAUGUAGCAGUGGAAGACAGCAGUGGGCAAUGGUAUGUACUUUUCCUCAGUUAAAUUUAAUCUUUAUUUAAUUUGGCAGUGUUUUCUAUGAAAAAAUGCCUGUGGUGUUCCUAUUUUUAUGGUUUUACUGUGUCAAAAUUUUUUAAAGACAUCAGCAUUUUUACAAGUUCGCACAAUAAGGCAGACAUCUUGUAUUCUCACUGAUAAUGUUGUGGACCCUCUUUAUGUCUAAUUUGAGACUGCAUGGUAAACAGAAGGCACAUAUUGUUCUCCUUUCUGAGACAUAUCAUUCCUAUAGCUUGUCAGCGGUGGCCACUCCAGUAUUUACAAUGUGCAGAUUUGCCUGUAGUUUAAAAACACAUCCAAAAAGUCCAGAAAAGCCACCGAAUUCCAGAAGUUUUGUUUUGUCUAUUUUGAGCUUCCUGAGCUCAGAGUUUGUUUGUUUUUUUUCUUUCUUUUUUUUAACAUUGGUCAACCUUGAAGGUUUCUUCCAGGCGCGCUCCAUCAGAAGGUACUUUUACUUUAGUCACAAAGACUGUCAACAGAAACGCGUUUUGUACGGGGCAUUAAAUACAUUACAUUCAUUAUUUCAUACCACUAUUAUUGUUUUGUGUCAGUAACAGAGUUACACACUGUGGAAAUCACAGUCUGCACCGAUCAGCCACAACAUUAAAACCAGUUACUGAUCUUAAUGUUGUGGCUGUGUAGAUACAGACAAAUUAAAUACCUGAAAGAUGAGUGGAGAGACAGGAUGAUGAUGCCCCCAUCCACAGGGCACGAGGGGUCACUGAAUGGUUAGAUGAGGGUGAAAAUGAUGUGAAUCAAAUGCUAUGGCUAUGGCCAAGUGGACACCUAUGGGACACUUUGGGCCGAUGUAUUAGACAGCGCUCCACCAUCUUUUAAAUUGUCAUCUGUGUGUGUCUGUCGGUGUAUUUUGUCUUCAAUGUGCCUGAAAUGAUGAAGUGUUAAACUUUAUCUUGCUGCUGCGUGAAUAUGACUAAUAACAAAAGCCUAUUUGCGACAGAUGUGGACUGAGAUGUAAUCGACAAGAACAACUUUUGUCGUAGCCUUGUAAAUACAUUU